AUGUCUUCAUCAACAACAACAUCAGAUGGAUUCCCCGAACUCUUGGCUGUUCGAAAUGCCUUGUAUCUGGGAAAUUAUAGUGUAUGUAUGAGUAAGAUCGCUCAAACAAAGAUCAAUGAAAGUAAUGCGGAUAUGAAAAUGGAACGAGAUGUAUUGUCUUUUAGAGCACAUAUCGGAUUGGGACAAUAUGAUCUUGUAUUACAACAAAUUAAAGAGGGUGAUAAUUUGGCAAUUCCUCUCCGAGGUGUACGUUUAUUGGCUGAAUAUUUCCAGGCUCAGAAUAGAGGAACAUCAAGAGAGGCCAUCAUUGAGAAAGUAGAUACUCUCCAGCAAGAUCCUUCGUUCACUACAGAUCCAACUUUUGCUAUUUGUUCGGCAACUAUUUAUGCUUUUGAAGGAAAUGAUAUUGCUUGUUUAAAAUCUCUUCAUGAUGUUUCUACUUUGGAAGCUUUUUCUUUACGUGUGAGAACUCUCAUCCGUAUGAAUCGUAUUGAUUUAGCAGAACACACUUUCAAUAAGAUGAUGGAACUUAACGAAGAUGCUACAAUUACCAAUUUUACUCGAGCUUACGUGGCACUCGCAAAGGGCAGCAAGGACAAGAUUAGUGAAGCUGAAUCCAUUUUCAAAGAACUCUCUGAAAAGUUUGGUCAAUCAGUUCCACUCCUCAACGGUGUUGCUCUUUGUCUCAUGCACGAUUUUGAAUUUGCUGAUGCUGAAAACACUUUACUCAGCUCACUUGCACUUUCAACCAAUAGUGUAGAGACAUUGGUGAAUCUAAUUGCUUGCUCUAUGCAUUUGAAAAAAGACGCUUCAAGAUUCCUCUCACAAUUGCAAUCGACCUCUCCCAAUCAUCCUUGGGUUGUGAAAUAUAAUUCUCUUUCUGACACCUUUGAUAGUCUCACAUCCACCAAAUAA